AAUCAAGAUUUUUAAACAAAUUUAACUUUACAAGCAAGUUAAACUAUCAUAUGUAGUUAAAAGGAAGCAAAAUAUUACAGGGUAUUAUGUAAUUACUGAUUUGAAGUAUUUUCUGCAGAAUUUCAACAUGUCAGCUCUCUUACGGAAGAUCGGGGUGCACUAGAAAACGUAAAUAUGUGAAAGUCCUGCCAGGGGCAAAAGAAUCUGAGUUGUGUGUCUUCAAGAGUGAAGACAAUUUCUGGAGGAAGGAAUGUACCGGUCAGUCGGGUUCAUCAUCGGUAGCCAGAUAGCUCAGUUGGUAGAGCACGUAACUAGAGAUUCAGUACGACUAUCAUGUAUGUACAUGGUGGUUUAAAGAAAAAGGACAAAUUUGAAAAAAAUUUAAAUCAAUAAAGCAUGGAAAUGAUUACAAGGAUGCAUCACGGACAGGGGCUGAUGCUGGCUGUCAGCGCAGGUAUUAUGGCAGCCUUUGGAUCUGUCUCAGCAAAACUUGCCACCAGUAAUCACAUCCUUUUGGACCUCUGUCAAGUCAUUUUUGCUUCUGCCUUAUGUGAACAGAUGAGUAUUUUGUUGCGGAUAUUGUUUUUUGCGAUGAUAUUUGUGUGUAAUGGGUUGAUGUGGACCUUUUUCACGAAGUCCCUGCAGUUUUGUUCCUCCACAGCUGAGGCCACCGUCACCAACACAGCUUCUAACUUCCUUGUUAGUGCUUUGAUGGGUGUAGCUCUAUUUAAUGAGACACUUACACUUCGAUGGUGGAUGGGAGCAAGUCUGAUUGUUCUGGGACUUUUACUAAUCCAUAGAGCCAACAUGAAAGAGCGAGAGAAGGACAAAGUGGACUGAUAUCUGGAGGUGAUGAAAAGGAUGGUCAACAAGCAUAACACGAUGGAUGAUCAGAAAUGUCUGAAAAACUUUGCUGUAUGGCAUGCCACUGUGUGUGCCCAAGAAAACAAAUCUUAACAAAACUAAACUGAACUAGGAAAAACUGUCUACUGCUUAGUAACACCAACAGAAUGGAUUGUCAAACCAAUAAACUGACUUGUAACUAGUGUUGAUAUUCAUCCAAGGUCUCCCCAUUUUCCCAGUGAAGAGAACUUUAAUGAAAAAGUGGAGAUAACAAAUCAUGAUCGAUCUCCUAAAUCCGAUCAAAAAUACAAAUUUGUGAGUAGGGUAAACACACACCCCUGGAAAUGCCAGAGGUAGGAUCAGGUGCCUAGGAGGAGUAAGCAUCGCUGUCUACUGGUCACACCUGCUAUGAGCCAGGUAAAUGGAGUUAUCUGUAGUCAAAAUCAGUAUGUAAAGAAUAGUCUAACAGUAUUCAAUACUGGUUUGAAUAUGUUAGAAAACAUUGGGUCCAAUGACAGGUUGUAUAUAUGCAAAAAGAUCAUUAUAAUGACCUAAUUUAACGGUAUUGGUAUGUUUCAAACAGCAUUCUACUUAAUGACAUGUUGUAAAUGCAAAUUAGAUCAUUAUGAUGACCAUAAAAUUUGCAAAAUCCUUACUUUAAAUGACAUUGUUGAAACCCCAGCAGCAUCAACUUAUUUGUCAGUAGCCUGCCUCAGUUUAAAAGUUAAUCAUGCACAGAAAAUUCUCUUGCAGAUCAAUUCAGUUGAGAUAUAUAAAUGCCAUAUGCAGGUCUCUCUGGUAUAUCCAGGGAUCUUUGUUGGCCCAACUCUCUAUUUUUGUAUUGCCUAGAGGAGUUAUGACAUUGAUCACUGUUCAUUAUCUUCACCAUGCAGGUAAUUUACUAAAGAUUUAGAGAUAAAUUUCACUUUUGAAGGUAUGAACUGUGAUGCUUCAUGCUGGACUACUUAAAGAAGCAUGUUAAUGCUUCAUAAAAAGUCAUUACAAUUUGUAAAGGUAUCAAAGACGAACACAUUGGAAAUGUGAAUACAUGUAUAAUGGAAUAUUGCUACACGUGUACUGUAAAUAUGGGAAGUUUACGAUGGAGACGCUGAAGUCAUCCCAGUUGUUAGUUUGCCAUUAAUGUUUAAUUUAAAUAAAUUAUUCAAAUAUGAA